GUAAAAUACAAAUUACUGUUUGCUUCAUAUUUUGUUGCAGAAACUUUUAUAUCCACUUUAUAGCUAUGUUAAUUUUUAUUUUCAGGCCUUUUGGACACACAGAACAAGGGUCUGAUCAGGAUGGCGGAAACACCAACGUCCAGGAGCAUCCCAUGUCCUCAGAUGGCCAGAACCACUUCUAUCGCAACUACACAAAUGUGUACGCACCAAUAAUUGUUGACAACGACUCUGAGCCGGAUGAAUAUCUGAUGCAGUUCCCUGAGCAAAGUACAGACAAUGUGACUGCUGCAGAAAUCAUUUCAGAGCUUUUGGCAAUGAUCACGUCAUCAUCUCUCAGCCGCUUUAAUAUAAACAGAGCCAAUGUAUGGGAUGGAGCACAGAGAGGUUUCAAGCGGGCUUCUUUCAACCCUUUCAAUGAAAUAUUUGUAAAAUUCACCGAUGACAAGGGACAGGCAAAAGACGGCGUUGAUAACGGUGGUCCCAAACGCGAGUUUCUAAGCCUUUUAAUGAACUGCUUAAGGACUCGAAGAGUCUUUGAUGGGCCAGAAGGAAGGAAAUUUAUCACUUUUGACAGUGAAGGUAUUGCCGUUAAGGGCAAUAUUUCAGAGUUUUCUCAUAAGAAUGUGACAGCUGUUGGUGAAUGUGGAAUUAAUGUGAACAAAAUUUAUACAGCAGCCAAAAAUGAUGAAUAUUUCCUGGUUGGGAGGAUGAUUGCCACUUCUGUCGUUCAUGGAGGUCCAGGUCCUCAAUUCUUAUCUGAGAAGCUCUACCAGCACCUCACAGGAACAUCAACAAAUACAGAAGGAAAGAUAGAAGACAUCACCGAAAACACCAUGAGGGCUUCUUUGAUUGAGAUAUCCAGUGCAGGUACAUUGACUGAACUACACCAGUCAGUUGAAAGACAUGCAAGCAUUUUGCAAACUGCUGGUUGCUUGCAGUUCCCUGUGACUGUUGAUGAUAAAUUGAAAAUUGUAAAGGAGUUCAUUGAUUGGUACAUCAUUUACCUCAACCAUUUCUCUAUUCAAAGGUAAUGU